AUGCGUUUAUUCGUUGGUUAUAAAUCAUCAAAUCAAAGCUUUAAACAAUUAGAAGUAGAAACCGAAAGAGGUGAUGCCGGUUAUCUUCAGAUGGAUUGCGCCCGUGAAUCUUUCGCAUUUGCAACAUAUAAACCAAAAUCAGAAAGGAAAGUUAAAAAGUUUGUUCAUUCGUUAUAUAAUAAUGUUCAAAAAUAUGAUAACUCAGUAUGUGGUAAAUAUAUUGACCCUUCAGAAGUUUUCAAGAAAGCAAAUGAAGAAGUUGAUAUCACUUUUGAUAUGAUUAUUCCGGUAAAUGAUUUGUUAGCAUUUCAGGCGUUCGAUGAUUAUCCUAAAUCAUUUGGUGAAAUCAUUCUUAAAUAUUAUGUUUUCAGGGAUACUUUAGUAUUUUGUCAGGUUGACCCGUUAAGAGUUGCUGAUUUACAAAAUUACGUUUAUGAAAAGAUAACUGAUGAAAAUUAUGAAAAGAUUAUGAAUCAUGUUUAUAAAUAUGAUCGCAAAUUCCAACAAAUCGGACUUUCUACCAAAUUAAUUACAAGCUUAACCGCUACAUCUGCUGACGCAACAGUUGAAGACGUUAUUAUUUCAUGCACAAAGAUGGAAGUUUUAGAGGAUAAAUGCAUUACACCAGGAUACGGUUUAAUUGAAGAAUCAGUUAAAGCAAUACCACGUUUAUUCAGUAAGGAAGAUCCAUUCAUGAUUCCAGCUCAACAUAUUGACGUUCGUUCACUAAAUGGAGGUUGCAUCACUCCUGAAGGUAUUAGCUCAGAUUUCUCAUACGCUCUUCAUAAUGUUACAGAUGUUGUGUUAACAUUUCCGAAGAAUGCAAUGCAAAGAACGGUUUUAGAAAAUCCAAUGCUUCGAGGUCUUCAG